GACCCGGGCAGCGCCGCUCUCACUCUAUAUAUUCCGUGGGGGUGCGAGUGUUGCUGCUGAGUCGGAGUGAGUCGGAGUGAGGGGAUGGAGAGGCUGUGCUGCUUAGUGUUCCUGGCUCUGCUCUGCCGGCUCGGAGCCGCGGACACCCCGGCCAACUGUUCUUUCCCCGACCUGGAAGGCACCUGGGAGUUCCAAAUAGGAGAGGGGAGCGGGGCGGCCCGGGACAAGAGUAUCGACUGCUCCCAGUUGGGUAAAGUGAGAACCAAGCUCACAGUCACCAUGAAAGAGCUGUACAUUGCGGAGGAUCAGUAUGGGAACCUGGGCGGCUUCACUCUCAUCUACAACCAGGGCUUUGAAGUGAAGAUCCUCAACUACCUGUUCUUUGGGUUCUUUAAGUAUGAACAGCGAGGUUCUAAUGUCACGAGCUACUGCCACGAAACCUUUCCCGGUUGGGUACACGAUGUGCUGGGUCGCAACUGGGCUUGCUUCGUUGGGAAGAAGAUCUCUGCAGACUCGGGCGUCAGGGUUAAUCCUGAUCCAUUCCCGAAAAAGGAGAUGCUCACAAGCAGGCUCUACAACUACAACCAUGACUUUGUGAAACAGAUCAAUGAAGUGCAGAAAUCAUGGACCGCCACCGCCUACCCUGAAUACGAAGGCAUGACUAUCGAGGAUCUUAUCCGGAGAGCCGGGGGGCGCAACUCCAGAAUUCCAAUGAGGCCUAGGCCAGCUCCUUUGCCUACUGAUGAGAAAUACCAAGGCCUGCCAACUGAAUGGGACUGGAGAAACAUCGCUGGGUACAACUUUGUCACCCCUGUUAGAAACCAAGCAAGCUGUGGAAGCUGCUAUGCCUUUUCCUCAAUGGGUAUGUUAGAGUCUAGAAUCCAGAUCCGCUCUCAGCUCUCUCAGAAGCCCAUUCUGAGCCCACAGCAAGUGGUGUCCUGCAGCAAUUAUUCCCAAGGUUGCGAAGGUGGCUUUCCCUAUCUCAUUGCCGGGAAAUACGUCAGUGAUUAUGGAAUUGUGGAAGAGUCAGACCUCCCUUACACUGGUUCCGAUUCCCCCUGCACCUUGAAAGAUUCCCAGCAAAAAUACUACACCGCCGAGUACCACUAUGUUGGCGGCUUCUACGGCGGCUGCAACGAGGCCUACAUGAAGCUGGAGCUCGUUCUCGGCGGCCCUCUCUCCGUCGCCUUUGAGGUGUACGACGACUUCAUGCACUAUCGCAGCGGCGUCUACCACCACACUGGCCUGCAAGAUAAGUUCAACCCCUUCCAGCUGACCAAUCACGCGGUACUCCUGGUGGGAUAUGGCACCGACCAACAAACUGGGGAGAAGUACUGGAUUGUGAAGAAUAGCUGGGGGGAGUCCUGGGGGGAGAAAGGAUACUUCAGGAUACGCAGAGGCACCGACGAGUGUGCCAUUGAAAGUAUCGCUGUAUCUGCAGAGCCCAUUAUUAAACUCUAACCCCCAUAUGUAAUUAAAGUGUGCCCAGGAGCAGUAACCCAUAGCAACCAAGAAGAUGUUUGGUUUUUUUAACAGGUAAAUGCUACUUGCUGAUUGGUUGCUAUGGGUUUCCACUCCUAGUACCUUUUAUUACAUAACCCCAUAGGUCUUCUCCAAUGACCUUUUGGUUUUUGUUUUUCCCUAUUCACAUGAGUGACCAGACCUGCUUCAUUUUUGUUAACUGUGGGGUUUGUUAGGACCCUACUCUGUGCACUAAAUUUAAAGGCAACAUGUACCCUGUUUAUGUGCUAGUAUUGCAGGAAUAAAUAACCUGCAACCAGCUGGGGUGAGCAGUAUUUGUGGAUCACAAGAUGGCACUGUUGCCAUUGGUUCUUCUCUCUCAAGUGGUGAUUGGCUGAGAAGAGACUAGCAAAAUGGCAGCUGUUAUUUUUAUAAAGUCACUUCUUCAAUAGAAUACAUUUUCCCUUUAAAUCAGAGUACGGUUUGGUCACCUCGUGGGCUGCACUUAGCUUUAGUCCUGAAUCUUGCCCUAUUUCUAUUGUGUUCUUUGUGCGAUAAAUCACCUUUUUUAUGUCUCCUAAAGAGCCAAAAUCCGCUGCCUGUAAACGUGAAAAGCACUUAUAUAUCCCGCACUUCACUCAAGUGUUAGACUAUUACUAAGCGACUGAUCAUUGGGGUCCAGCUGCCCCCCCACAAUAAAGGGACACGUUAUUUAUUUGAUUGGAUGUUAUACACUGGGUACGGAAAUCACUCGGCGUAUCUCGUAUAACCACUGAAAUAGUUGGCGGAUAUAUUUUUAUUCAUCAGGGUUGUUGAGCGGCGCAGCAUCCAAUAAUCGCCCUGUGCCGCCUCGUGAAAGGGAAUCUCUGGCCUGUGCCUUAUGUCUGAAUCAGGGACAAAUUUAUGCUUUUUAUAAGGAAAUUUAUAUUGUAUGUCCUAUACUGAAAAUGCUGAAUAAAAUAAAUGUCUUUUCCUAA